AUGUUUUGGCAUGUUUCGCUUUGGCCCAACGUGGGAAGAGGCCUUGCGGCCUUGUGCAUGUUUAAGCAAAACGGUCCAGAAGCGCGCUGGCCCAAGAUGCUGGAGCCCACGGGCAACGUGCAAGCCAGGCACCUGCUGGAUGUCACACGCAAUGCAAGCGUUCGAACCCUUCAGAAUGACUUGCGAGGGCCAUUCAAGUCCGGAUCGGUCCUGGAGGUCAGUUGCGCCCUUGGCUUUCGUCCUCUGAAUGAAUCAGAAGGGACUUGGACCGUGAAAUGCGUUGGUUGGAACGCAUGGAGUGCCACAGGACACUUUGGUGGCUGCGAUGUGGUGAGCUGCAGCUCUUUGAGUGAUACCUGGGGCACAUGGCUGGGAGCCGUUCGCUUCAACAGCACGAUGCGCUUAGAAUGUGCUGAUGGUUUCAAUGUCGAAGGAGCUUCAGAGCUUCAUUGCUUAGCCUCUGGUCUUUGGAGCCAUCUACCGGGACAAUGCUUGCCCAAUGGUGGCAACCCUGAACUUUGGAGGAGCAAACUGCGGUACUCUGCCUUGCUCAGUUUUUUGGGCAUCGUGGUGACCAUCACCCUGGUGCUCUGGGUUUGCCGACCCACCUUGGCAGAGCAAGGAUCAUAUCCUGCCAGCCGUCAAUCUCUUGCAACGGAAUGAAGAGGAAAAGAGGCCGCAGUGGUGGAAAUGAAUCAGAAUCUAAUCUACCUGGAGUCUACCUGCAC